AUGAACUACAUGAACAACGUAAGCUCACCUGCCGGCGGCGAACCCCCUCAUUCGACCAAUGCUGACUUGGAUAAGCAGAUGGCUACCCCCAACCAGCACCAAUUCACGAUCCCCGUCGGUAUGACGGCGGAGCAGGCCGUGCAGAACUCCGUUGCCGGUCGCACCUCGGCCCAGAUCGCCUCCGAGAUCGACCAGCGUCUCCGCCAUGUCUCUCCCGAGCUCCGCGCCGCUGUUGAGAGCACCAUCGACUACGCCGCCGCCAAGACGAACGAGCUGGUCCGCCUUAUGGACAACCGCAUCCGCGAGCAGGACGGCACCAUCGCCGAGCUGAACGGCCAGAUGCUCAACGUCCACCACUACGCCGUCUCCCAGGCGGUCGACAACAGCGAGUCGCACGAGCACCUCGUGGAGGCCAAGCAGAUCUUCGGCACCAUCGAGGAGCGCUUCGCGCACAUGAACGAGAAGCUGCAGGAGACCCUGCGUCAGGACCGCGCCAGGGUCAACAAUGCGAUCAGCUUUCACAAGCACAGCGAUAAGAGAAUCCAGGACGAGCUCGAGUACCAAGUCCCCAAGGCCAAGGAGGAGCUGAAGGUUUUCCUUGAGCAGCUCGUCGCGAACGCGAUGCGGGACCUCGAGGCUCGCAUUGCCCAGGAGUUCGCGAAGAACCAGGCUGAGCUCGAGGAGAAAUGCAAGAAGUUGGAGAAGGAGAUCGCUUCGGAGCGUGAGGAGCGCAACAAAGAGCGCGAGGAGAUGAACGCUUGGAAGGCGCAGAUGGAGGCAUUGGUGUCUCACCGCGGCUAG